GGGCCCCAGAAACCUUUUGUCCGUCUCUGUCCGUGUUGCAUUGAUUCCUUCCUGGUCCUGAAGAUCCAUUUGUUUGAUCAACUGUUACCCCGCAGACAGGCAGCAUCAUUAAACCCUCCAGGUCCAGUGGGCCAAAGGGUUUUACAGAAGUUUGCGUUAAUUGCGCAGCCUGAGCAACAAUCAGCAUCACUCUGCGCAGCUGCGCCAGUCUUCAAACUGCUGGGAAACUUUCCAGAUCGUUGAUCUGUAAACCUGCAGAGUUUCACUGACAGGAAACAGAAUCUGAGUUCUGGACUGGAUCUACGGAACCUGCAGGUUGGGACGCGUUAAAGUUUGCUGUCUGACGUCAGAUCCGUGUCCAGGUUUGUAUCUGAGCUGUGAUGAAUCUCCCAGCAGCUGCUGGUUGUUUUCUGGAUCCGUUCAGCUCCCGCUACAUCAGGACACGUUCAGUUGGUUCUGUGGGUCUCGGAUCAGAAUCCAGUUUUAGGGAAGCGUAUGCAAAUCCAUGGAAACGUUGAGCAGGUCUACAGAGAGCCGCUGUGUCAGAGAGGAGCGUCAGGCUGCAGAGUUUUUCUCCAGUCGAUGUUCUGAGGAGUUGAGUGAUCGACGUUCCUGUUCUCCAGUCGAUUGGAGCCGACGGGUUCCUGGGAGUUAAAGGACGUUUUGAGUCAAAGGUGUUUUAUCCAACUGGAAGAGUUUUAGCAUUUUUCAAAAUGUUUUGCUUCUAAAGGAAUCUUCCUGCAGGAUCAGGUUCAGCUGUGAGGAAGUCAUGAUGGAGUGAAGACUGAAGCUCCGCCUCCAUCCAGCGGUUCGGCUUCCUCUCGGCUCGGUCAUGAAUCCGUACGGAGACGAUGUGUCUGGGUUUUGUGGCGGUCCGGUUCCGUACUCGGCCUCUAACCCCAGUUACUCCAUGGAUCCGUAUGUUCCUCCGUUCAUCCAGACGGGUCACAGCACUCUGCCCCCCCCAGUUGCUCAUUCCACCCCCGCCCUCCCUGGCCCCGCCCUCACUGGCCCCGCCCCCAGCUCCAUGCUGCCGCUGCCGGCCUUCAGCCCCACCAGUAACCCCUACGCCCCCGCCGACCUCCAGCCGCCCCAGCUCUCCGUCCCGGACCUCCAGCCGCCCCCAGACGAGUCGGGUCCGGACUUGGAGUGCGCCAUCUGCUUCAGCGAGUUCAACAACGUCUUCCGCUGCCCCAAGAUGCUGAACUGUAAGCACACCUUCUGCCUGGAGUGCCUGGCGCGUAUGAACAUCAAGUCUGUGGAGCCCAGCGCCAUCCAGUGCCCGCUGUGCCGCGGCCUGACCCCGCUGCCCCCCCUCGGCCUGCCCAAGCUGGCCACCGACUCGGACGUCCUGUCCUACCUGCCGGCCGCCAUGCAGAGGGUCUACAGCAUCCGCUUCAUCCGCAACAAGGGGAAGCUGCAGGUCAAAAGGUCGUCUGACAGGCCGGGCCGGCCGGGUCGGCGGUCCAUGACCUCUCUCAGGUCGGUGAACCGGACUCUGGACGUGGGGCGUCCCAGCUCGUCCUCCAGGGACGGCGGGGAGGCGACGGGCGGCGUGGGCGCCCUGUUCCGCCUGACGGGCCGACCCGUCUGCCGGGCCUUCCUCCUCACCUUGGUGGUGAUGAUGAUGGUCGUCCUCACCGGAAUCAUCAUCUACUUCUUCACCAAGCCCAAAAACUGACCUGACAUCACUUCCUGUCUGCUGGGAGGAAGAAAACUGAAAUGUUUCUAUUUUAUUUUAAACCCUGGAGUCUGAGCUGAGCGGGACGCAGCGGACCUUCAUCUUCCUCAUCUGGGUCAAAACGAACGAUGAGGAUGAUGAUGAGGAUGAUGAUGAUGAUGAUGAUGAUGAUGGUUCACAUCUGGAAGGAUUUUAAAGGAAGAGCUGCUGCAGUAAAUCUCAUCACUUCCUGUUUUUAUGUUAAGGGUUCGGAACGGGAAAGGUCGAUCCCGGGUCAGAAUCCUGUUGAUCAGAACCGGGUCAGAGGCGGUCCAGUUUCCUUCCAGGUGAAUCUAGAGGUACCAAACUUUAAACUCACUUCAGGAUCAGAUCAGUUUGGAUCCACUUUCACCUCACUUUGUUCUGCUGCUUCAGGUGGUUCUGGUUCUGGUGCGGUUCUGGUUCUGGUACCGGUUCUGUCCUGGUACGGUUCUGUCCCGGUCCUGUUCUGUCCAGUGCGGUUCUGUUUCUAAAUAUAACCAGCUCUCUCUCUGCUGACGCAGCUCAGGUUCCCUUUUACUCAAAUCUUGACAGAUUCAUGCAAACGAUCCGGAUCCGGCGGUUCUGCUGCUCCGUUCAGACAGAGUUAUACACAGAACCAGCGGCCGGUUCCGGUCCAGUAAGACCCGUUCUGGCGGGUUCCUCUCUGCGGCAGAAAUUUGCCUGGAUGUUAAACCAUCAAUGCUUCCCUUCACAGAAAGUUUCCAUAAAUACUCAGCAGAGGAAGCCGGUUCUCUGGGUUUGGUUCUGAGGAAAGUUCUUAUCUGGACGGUCGGGUCUUUACAUGAACCCAGUGUUUGGACUCUGGUGGUACUUUGGGUCUUUCUGACUGACCCAGUUUGAUCAGAACUUUAAAUGGACCCAACCGAACCGAGCCGGAACCUUUUCAGGCGAACUGCUUUGAAUAUGAAACUUGAGCUGAAAUCAGAAACGGUUCUGAAACGUGAUCGGUCCAGAUCGGUUCUGUCCGGUUUUAUGUCCUGUCUCACUGUGCCAUGAAUAAUAAUAAUAAUGAUAAAUGUUUUAUAUUUUUAUAACCUUUUAAAUCUCGUUCUGUUUCUCUGUUUUAUUAAAUUUAAAUAAAGUUCUGGAUAAAUCCAA